GUUGUGUCAUUUGCCGUGUUGUGUUGUUUUGAACAAGUGUUCGGUUUGUUUUAUUUUCAUAACUGCAUAAAUUAAAUUUACACUUUAAUUCCUUGCGAAAUUAAUUAACAUUAAAAAAAAAUUGGUUUUAAAGAAAUUCGAAAUUUUAAAAAUUAAUUAAUAAUUCGUAAGUGUUAAAGUGUUGAAAAUGCGUCUUAACAUUUUGACAAGUGUAACAAUUGUUGCACUUUUAAUGUGUGGCCAAAUCAAAGCUGAUGAUUCAAAAAGCGCAGAAUAUGAGCAACAGCAAAAUGAUGCGGCACUGCAGCCAGUUUCAGAGGAGCCCAUUAAGUUAGUGCAUGUGCUCAAUCCAGGUGAACGAGAAUAUCUGUCGCCGAAUCUGAUUGGUGUGCAAAAUAUAGCAAUGACAUUUAUGCCGCUGACGAUGAACUUUAUUAAUAUUAUUGAUGCUUUCCGAGAGAUUGUGAAUGGCGUUCGAUAUGAGAUACUAUUGAAUGCGAAUGAUACUAAAAAUAAUGAUGUCGAAACCAUCUGUCGCUUGGUCAUACUUGAAAAGCCAUGGCUACGUACUGAAUGGGGUGAUAAAUACCGCGAAUUACAACAUUCCAAUUGCAGUAGCGAUGCAGAUAAUUUAGCUGAUUCAAAUGCUCAUACCAAUGAAUUGAAUGAUAAAUAUAAAACUAACCCAACAUUUAAUGGUGCCUUAAGAAAUGAGGUUUCCGAUGAUGAAAUGGCUAAAUUGGAAGCACAAAUUAUGUCAUAUAAUUCUGAUGUUAAACGACGUGCCAGCACAACUACUACUAGGCGUACCACCGUAACAACAAAAAGUGUAGUAGUCGACAGUAAUGAAGCAGUCACACCUGUGGAAGAUAAUGAAUCUGAAACCACUUUACCGCCUGAAUUAAAUGCAGAUGAGAAGAAAUUAUUAGACGAUAUAUUCUCAAUUGGUGCGUUGAAUUUUGAACAAUCACGUCGCAAUAAUAGAAACGAUGCAGCAGAAGCAGCAACAGCUGAUAAUAAUGAGGAAAGUGAUUAUCCACAGCGUACCGCACACGUAGAACAAUUAGAAGAACCGCAGCGUUACACUGUCUUGCCUGAUCCAAAACCAAAUAUGACAUUUUUCAUCGGUGAAGUCAUACCAUUCGACAAAGAACACGCUUUUGACAUACUUGAAAGAGCUUUAGAGACAUUUUCUGUUAAUAAUGGACCAUAUUACAAAAUAGUUAAAGUGUACAAUGCAACACGUCAAGAAGCAGCCGGUACAAUAACAAAACUAGAUGUAGAUCUUAUCGAUAGAAAUAAUUUCACAGAACGUUGCAAAGUUAUGGUUUGGAAACAACCUUGGGAACGACAAUGUUAUGAGGUUACUUUUAAAUGUCCAAGUAAAGGAAUUGAAAAGAACCGACAUAGUCGUUCCAUCGAAUAUGCACAGAAGAAAACACACAAAAAACACGAUCAUCACAGCUUAAAUAAAGUUGAGCAUUUAUUCAAUAAAUUUCAACUUAAAUAUAAUCGACGAUAUGCACACAGCAUGGAAAGACAAAUGCGUCUAAGAAUUUUUAAACAAAAUUUAAAAACCAUUGAGGAUUUAAAUCGUAAUGAAAUGGGUAGUGCUAAGUAUGGUAUUACUGAAUUUGCUGACAUGACAAGUGCUGAAUAUAGAGAUCGCACUGGUUUGUGGGAACGUGAUGCUAACAAACCUACAGGCAAUGAAGGUGCUGCUAUACCUGAUAUUGAAUUGCCAAAAGAAUUCGAUUGGAGAAGUAAAGGUGUAGUUUCAAAGGUUAAAAAUCAAGGUAGUUGCGGUUCCUGUUGGGCUUUCAGCGUUACUGGUAACAUUGAAGGCUUACAUGCAGUUAAAACAGGAAAACUGGAAGAAUAUUCAGAACAGGAAUUAUUAGAUUGUGAUACAAUUGAUUCUGCAUGUGGCGGUGGCUUGCCAGAUAAUGCCUACAAAGCUAUUAAACAAAUUGGUGGAUUGGAAACUGAAGCCGAUUAUCCAUACGACGCACGUAAGGAACAUUGCCACUUUGAUGCAUCUAAGGUUCAUGUUAAAAUUUCUGGAGCUGUUGACUUACCGAAGAACGAAACUGCCAUGGCACAGUGGCUUAUUGCUAAUGGUCCCAUUUCUAUCGGUAUUAAUGCUAAUGCUAUGCAAUUCUAUCGUGGAGGAGUUUCUCAUCCAUGGCAUCCACUUUGUUCACGUAACAAUCUUGAUCAUGGCGUGCUUAUUGUUGGCUAUGGUGUUUCUGAUUAUCCAAUGUUCAAAAAGACAUUACCUUACUGGAUUGUGAAAAAUUCUUGGGGUACAAAAUGGGGUGAACAGGGAUAUUACCGUGUCUAUCGUGGUGAUAACACAUGUGGCGUUAGUGAAAUGGCUACCUCAGCUAUACUAGCCGAUAAUUAAAUUUAUUUUACAAAGAAAAUAAUGUUUUUAAAAGUCAACAGCACAAGCCAAAUGUGUUAAGAUAAAUGAAAUUACAAUUAAAAUUUCACAAAUAAUUAUAACAGCAAAUACAAUAAUUAGUAUGUAGUGUGUAUGUACGUCUCUGUAGUGUUGUAUUUAAUAUACAUUAUAUAAUAUAUAAAAUAAUAUAUACAUAUUUCCAAUAGAAUAUAAUCAAUUAAGUUACUUGCAUUAAUCUUGUAACAGACAAAAAUAAAGAUUGUUUAUUACUUUUCUAUUGUUUA